AUGGCGUCAUUCACGAGCAACUUCCGCCAUUUGAGAUGCCAGAGACAGUGGAUGAGUGUUCAAUGGCAUCAAAUUGCCCUGCCACUAUCGAGCCCGGUGAUUCGCGCGCGAGCAAUUUCCACGAAACCGUCUGUUGAAGAAUCCGCGGCCGAGGCGGAAUCUCUGGCAGAGUCGGUCAAGAUUCCCUUUCAAGACGUCAAAUACGCGCGCUGCGUGCCGGCAACACCGUCCUACUUCUCGCGAGAACCGCAGUUCAACGACCUUUACAUCCGCAUCUCGAACCUCUUGGCUCGAUAUCGACAUCUUCCGAUCGUCAAGAAUCACGAAGCGCCGCUAGUGCCAUGGACCAAACUGGAGGAGUUGCGCGCGCAAUUGGAGGAGCCCAUCAAGGCAUCGCAGUACGCCAUGGUUAUCCGAAUUGCCAAGCGACUCAAUCUUAUCGUCCCAACCCUCAUGCCGGACGAGGUCCAGAUUGCGCUACAGCGAUUUACACGCAACAUCAACCCAUUCUUGAACAGGCCAAGGCCAAUCAAACUCGACAAGUUUGGUCGAGCCGUUGGAGCUGGAAAGAGAAAAGAGUCCACGGCGCGUGCCUUUGUGGUCGAGGGGUCCGGGGAGGUUUUGGUAAACGGCAAAACGCUGGACCAGGCGUUUGGGCGAGUGUAUGACCGCGAGAGCGCUGUCUGGGCGCUGACGUCUACGAGGAGACUGGACAAAUACAAUGUGUGGGCGCUGGUUGAGGGCGGCGGCACGACCGGCCAGUCACAGGCUCUGGCGCAGGCCAUAGCAAAGGCUCUGGUUGCACACGAGCCAGCACUGAAGCCUGCCCUGAGAAAAGGUGAGAGUGAGGGAAGAGGAAUUCGAAUCUCGGCCCUCAGAGUCUCCGACGCCUACAGAGGACCCUCGUGA